AGAAAUGAUUGCCACAGACAACCAGCCAUUUACAGUUGUUUCAGAUGUUGGCUUUCGGCGGCUGGUGGCUGCAUUGGAGCCCAGGUAUACCCUCAAAACUGAGGAGCACUACCGCACAGCCAUUCUGGAUGAUAUAGUUAAGAGUUGAGAAGAAAAUAAAAGCACUGAUUGCAGAGGAUGCUGGCCCCCAUUUGUCUUUCACAACAGACUGUUGGUCUGGGGAAACCGAAGCAUUGAUGAGUCUAACAUGUCAUUUUAUUGACAACAACUGGGAAAGGAAACAAGUUGUCCUAAAUGUCAAGGCCAUGUCUGGCUCUCACACUGGGGAAUACAUCAGCAGCAUGUUCCUCAGCAUGCUGAAGCAUUGGGACAUCAACCAUGAUAGAGUUGUGCUUGUUCUCUGUGACAGUGGUGCUAAUAUGGUUAAAGGCCUCAGACUAGCAGAAAUACCUAAUCUCAGCUGCAGUGCACACACAAUACAGCUUGUGGUGACCGAGGGCAUCAACAGUCAGCGAGUAGUGGUGGAUAUUAUUGCCAAGUUAAAGACCUGUGCUAAACACUUCAACCACUCUGUGCUCGCAAAACAACAUCUGAAGAGAAUUCAAAAAGAUCUUGGCCUCCCCCAGCACAGCAUCAUUCAGGCUGAACCUACCCGUUGGAACUCCACGCUACACAUGUUGCAGAGGAUGCUGGAGCAGAAGCCUGCACUGAACAUCUACGCUGGAGAACAUGGAAAGUUUGCAACCCCAACUGCGGAUCAAUGGGACAUCAUUUCAAAUUUGAUUGAGACACUGGAACCUAUUGAGGAAGUAACUCUUGAGAUCAGCAAGUCAGAGGCUUCCAUCUCCAGUGUCAUCCCAAGCAUUGCUGUGCUGAAGAUGAUGCUUCAGCAAGAGGGUCCCAACACAAGGGGGAUAAAAACACUCCGGGAAACCAUGUUGCAAAGCUUGGAGACAAGGUUUGCUAAGAUGGAGGAGACCAAAUGUUUGGUGCUAGCAACACUGCUGGAUCCUCGGUAUAAGGGUCAUGUCUUCUUUGCAGAGGACACACUGAGCAAAGCAAAACAAUGGAUAAAAGAAGAGCAUGCCAUUGUGUCUGAACAUAUGAAAACAGCCACUACUGAAGACCAAGGAUCAGAUCCGAAACAGAGAAGGGUGGAGGAGGAAGAUGAAGAAUUACCUGGUCCCUCUAGUCUUCUUGAACAAAUGUAUGCAAACAUCUUGGGGGCUCAUGGAACUCCUGAGGAGAGUGAUGACGAUCACCACAUCUCUGAGCAGCUGGAUCAGUACAUCCGUGAGCCAUUGAUUGAUAGACAGGCUGGUCAGCCACUGGGAUGGUGGAAACAGAACACAUCCCACCUACACCUUCUUGCACCACUGGCAAGAAAAUUCCUUUGUCCACCCCCCUCCUCUGUUCCCAGUGAGAGAGUAUUUAGUGAGAUUGGAAUGAUCUAUGACAAAGAGGAGUAGGCUCACAGGAGAAAAUGCAGAACGUUUGUGUUUUUUGCACAACAACCUGCAGCUCUUAAACUGGGAGUACUAACAACUUUCAGUGAGGGAUGGGUGGGAGGAGAAAGACUCAGGGACUGGAAGUGGGAUUAAAAUUGAACAUAAUACAAAAAGGAAUGUGCAUGUUUAAAAAUGUUCCUUACCUCAAGAAUUGCACUAAAAGAUUAUGAUGCUGCUGUGUUUAUUGUUUACAAGUUUAAGUUAGUUUAAUUUUAUUGUUAUUGUUAAGUUUUGUUUUUGUUAUUUAAGUUUAUAUUUAUAUUUAAGUCAUUAUUCAAUAAAUGGCAAGUUGAGAAA